AUGAAGGUGUUGCGGGCAUUUGAUAAUCGAGACCGAGAGUUUGCUGCAGUUAUGAGGAAAUUUCAGAAGAAUUUAGCACUGAACAGGAGGAAGUCAUGUUUAUCAAUUGCAGAAAAAAAGGUGCAAAGUGGAUAUGUUUGUUCUUCCACUAUUGCUAGGGAACAAAUUUCUCUGUAUCGUGACUGCAAUCUCCUGGCCACUGGUGACAUUUUUAUUAAACCCUCUCGAUUUCAGCGACCUAGAAAGCACUUUGCUGAGCUGCGAGGAUCCUCUCUAGUCGUUUUUAGAAAUCAUGACAUAGCCCGUUCAUCCUCGGUGGACAUCACAAGCGUUAUCACGGUCAUCACUGUGCAACGAUACAACUUUGACAUAAUCCAGAAAGCUGAAGGUUACCCCCGUAUAUACAUUUCGGCGGAGAAAUCUGAUGAGUCCUUCAUGUAUAUAAAAGUGAACGGGGGGGAUAAGGAGCUUGACUCUUGGCGCCAUGGUCUCGCAAUGGCGAAGAGUGCUGCCAUCCCAAAAAUUUCUAACCUUACAGUCGAAUCAGUAAUCGGGCGCGGAGGGGGUGGAAGAGUGUUUAUGGUGCAAUGGGGAGAAUCUAACAAGGCGUACGCUCUCAAAGUUAUUGACAAAGCACAGGCUUUCAGAUCACCGAAAGCAUUUGCGCAUAUUGCUUCUGAGCGAAACAUCAUGCAACGUGUGGGACGACAUCCCUUUCUCCUCGACAUCCAAUUUGCAUUCCAAACAGAGAAUAGCCUCUUCAUUGGCACCCCUUUUUGCGGCGGUGGCGACUUGGCUUCGUAUAUCAGACACCGGGGUUUGCAAACUCCAUCGCUUCCGUCAUUUAUUAGUGGAGGUACUGCAGUUCAUCCGCAUAAGAGGCUCCGAACACAUGGAAGAUUAUGCGAAGCAAGCACACGAAGUAUUGCCGCAGAGAUUAUACUGGGCUUGGAACAUCUGCAUGACUGUGGAAUCGUGUACCGCGAUUUGAAGCCAGAGAAUAUUUUCAUAGAUGAUUCGGGUCAUGUGCGCAUUGGAGACUAUGGAUUGGCAAAACAUUUGUCGCGAAAGCGCGGCAAAGUUGGACACAAGCGCACAUCGAGUAUAUGCGGAACUCGCAACUACUUGCCACCGGAGAUGUUGUCCGGACGGACAUACGCCUUCUCUGCAGAUCUGUGGUGUUUAGGGGUCAUGUUGUUUCGGAUGUUGAUCGGUUCUUUUCCGUUCGAGGCUUCGCGCACUAAAGAAGUGUUUCACAAAGUGAGGAGAUACCAACCGAGAUACCCAGCGUGGCUCGGCACCGACGCCAAGAGCAUGCUAAAUGGGCUGCUACAGAAGGAUCCUUCAAAUCGAACGACAAUUAAAGGGCUCAAGCGACAUCCCUUCUUCCGAGACGUAGAUUGGAAAGCGGUUUUGGAGUUACAAGCAGGCCCUGCUAUUGACGACAUUGAGACUGGCAGUCAACCGAGUGAUGCACUUGCAAACUUUUCUCUGAGUAAGUUACAUGGGCUCACGAUGGGGGAGCUCGUAUGUGAGGAAGAAAAUCCGCAGCGGCCUUUCGCAGAGGAUUUAAGCACGAUGAUGGUAGGGUUUGAGUUUGGGUGCGUUGAGAAAAGGAACAGUAUUCAGCCUUUAGCAGUGCAACAGAAGAGCGGGGGAAUUCUAUCUAAGAUUGCAAGCAUUGACCAGACGUACGAUAGUCUGGCGUCUUUCAAGAGUCUACGGAGUAGUCGAGGGAAUCAAGGGCAAUCAGGGGAUGGGGAUGGGUCCCCAAGUCUGCGGAGAGCGUGGCGGAGCGCGAGAUGA